GGUGGUGUGACCUUUGAGGACAUUGCCAUCUACUUCUCCUGGAAGGAAUGGAGACUUCUUGAUGAGGCUCAGAGACGGCUGUACUAUGACGUGAUGCUGGAGAACUUUACACUUAUAUCCUCCCUGGGAUACUUUCAAUUCCUACUGCCAGUGCCUGAAGAAAUGAGAAUCACUUCCCAGCAAGGAGAUGAGGUCAUUGGGUUCAGAUAAUCCUUUACUUCAGGGUUCAGAUUCUCCCUUUGCACACACGCUCCAAUAAAUGGCAACAUGUUUGGUACCAAAUAUUACAUCAGUUAAGUUGCUCACUGUUUGGGAUCGAUGUCAAUCUCCUGACAGGAACUGAGUAUAUCUGGGAAUGUGGAGUAAGUAAUAUAUGGAUAAAAAUGUUCCUCAAAAGAUGGGAAGACACGGGGCGCCUGUGUGGCUCAGUCAGUUGGGGGUCCAACUUUGGCUCAGGGCAUGAUCUCGCUGUUCCUGGGUUCGAGCCCCACUCAGGCUCUGUGCUGACAGCUCAGAGCCUGGAGCCUGCUUCGGAUUCUGUAUUUCCAUCUCUCUGCCCCUUCUCCACUCACACUCUGGCUCUCUCUCAAACGUAAAUAAACAUUAAAUUAAAUUAAAAAAAAAAAAAAAGAUGGGACAACAAUCACGAUAUGGGCAUAUGAAGUUUUGUGUGGAACCAGAGGCUGACAUUGUCAGUUUACCUAAUUCAGGGUGGCCUACCAUCCCUGUCACGGACUUGUAUAGGGUGUGACAAAGGGAACCACAGUCCCCAAAUGGAGUCACUUCUGCUGGGUCAUGUCACCAAAGCAGGGCACAAUACCUAAGCUCAUACAACUUCAGCACUACCCAGAAAUAUAGUUUCCACUGGUCAGUGAGGAAUUUUAUGGUCAGCACCAAAAGGGUAGUCGGCCACACGAAUAGGUCCUCUGCGUCGCCCAAAGAUGAGGUAUUCCGCUGAUAAGACCUUUUUGUCCCAUAACAAAGUGACCUCGCCUGACAUAAUCCUUUUUCUGUUUAUGAACUUCUUGUUCUACCUUUAAAAACCUUACCCUUUCUGUAGCUCUUUGUUGCUUCCCUUAACUUGCUAGAUGUGAUGCUGCCCAAUGCACAAAUGAGUGACUGAUCCUGAAGACCUUCAAAAUGCACUGGGCUGAAUUUUUAUGAUAACGGGGACUUUUGUAUUGUUCCCGACCAAUUGCAAAACUGACUCUAACGCUUCAGGCUGCAAGCAUUUGAAGAGCAACAUCUUUUCAGCAGUGCACGGCCUCCUUUGAUUUCUUAAGUGCUGGACAUAUUUGAAUGAUGUUUCAUUUACCUCAGGAAGAGGAAGUGGGAGCAACUAAACUACUAGUUUUAGGCUUUGGACUUUAAAAACCAACAAAGCCGCUCCCUCUGGUAGGAGCAGCACUUUGCAGGAACUCUCGGGGACAGCUGGCCGAACUCUGGAAGUCCCUGGGGCCGAACCCCCUUCGGUGGCCGCUGUAACUCUGAGAUCUAUGGUACCCGGAAAAGCGUGGGAUACAGGACGCAGGCAGCAGCCAAUGAAGGAGCAGGACGAGGCAUUUGUGGGCAUGCGUGGCGCGUGGGGGUGGGAUUUCCGGCCUCUUCACGGUGGACGACUUUUGGCGUCAGGCUUGUUUACCCUGGGAGGUUAGAGAGUGCAGAAUCCGGGUCGAGGUGACAAACGGACAAAGCAGGAGAGGAGGCGACGUCCGUGUCGCGGAUACUGCGGUCCAUGGCUCCACGACGACGCGCCCGGCCUGCCCUGCGCCGUGGCCGGGACAGAGAAUGCAGGUCUGAUUUCCCGAUCCGCCCACAGAGUCCGUUGGCGACGGCCGCGCCCAGGGACCCGGCUGAGGGUGGUGUGACCUUUGAGGACAUUGCCAUCUACUUCUCCUGGAAGGAAUGGAGACUUCUUGAUGAGGCUCAGAGACGGCUGUACUAUGACGUGAUGCUGGAGAACUUUACACUUAUAUCCUCCCUGGGUUGCUGCUGUGGAGCAGAGGAUGCGGAGGCACCCCUUGAACAGAGCGUUUCUGUAGGUGUGUCACAGGCCAGCACGCCCAAGGCAGCUCUGUCUUCCCGGAAGACCCACCCCUGUGAGAUGUGCGGUCUGGUCUUGAGAGACGUUUUCCGCUUGGCUGAGCACCAGGGAAAACCAAGCAGCCAGAAACUGUUGAGGUGUGGGGCAUGCGCACAACGAUUUUACUUCAGCGUAAACUUUCAGCAGCAGCCGGAGCAGCACACGGGAGAGAAACCAUUCAGAAGUAGUGUGGACACAGUCUCUUUUAUGAAGGGAUAUGGAUUCCAUGAUUCAGGAAAGCCCUUUAUCUGUACAGAGGUUCAGAAGGACUUCCUGCCUGGCUUGGUGCGUCUGCAGCAGGAUGCCAUUCAUACUGGAGAGAAGCCAAACACAAUCAGCCAGUGCAGGGCAACUUUGCAGAGCAGUAAAGGUCAUUACACUCGGGGAGAAUGCAAGGAAGCUUUUGGUCCCAAAUAUACACAUGUUCAGGAUCAGGGUGUCCAACCUGGAAGUCCAUGUUUUGUGUGCAGUGAAUGUGGGAAAACAUUCAGGCAAAAAUCUUUAUACACUAUCCACCAGACAUUCCAUACUGCACAAGGACAUCAUGAGUUUGGCGAAGGUGAAAAAUCCCUUAGACGAAGGUCAGCUCACAGUCUGUACGGAAAGACUCACACUGGGUCUAGGCAAUACACGUGCAACAAAUGUGGGAAAUCCUUAAGCCACAAAUCAGUACUUAUUCAUCCCCAGAGAUGGCAUAGUGGAGAAAGUAAUCAUGUUUGCAGUGGAUGUGCAAAAUCUUUUAGCCAUCGCCAAAUGUUGAUUACACGUUCUGUUCAAACCUUAGAAAGGCCUUAUAAUUGUGGUGACUGUGCAAAACGUUUUACCUCUAUCUCUGCUCUCAGUUAUCAUCAGAGAUCUCACACAGGGGAAAGACCUUAUGAGUGCAGUGAAUGUGGGAAGUCUUUUAUCUCCAGUACUGGCUUCCGUUCUCACCAGAGUGUUCACACUGGAGAAAAGCCUUAUGAGUGCAGUGAAUGUGGUAAAUCAUUUUUCUCUAGGUCUGACCUCCAUUAUCAUCACAGAGUUCACACUGGGGAGAGGCCUUAUGAGUGCAGUGAAUGUGGCAAGUCCUUUCACCGAAGAAAUAACCUCAAUGUACACAUAAAGGUUCACUCAAGUGAGAGGCCAUACGAAUGUAAUGAAUGUGGAAAAUCUUUGAAGUGUAAGUCUUCAUUCAUUCAACACCAAAGAAUUCACACAGGAGAAAGGCCUUAUGAGUGCAGUGAAUGUGGGAAAUCUUUUACCACUAGUUUUGUCCUUCGUUCUCACCAGAGAGUUCACACCGGAGAAAGGCCUUAUGAGUGUAGUGAAUGUGGGAAAUCCUUUACUGCUAGCUCUGUCCUCCAUAAUCACCAGAGGGUUCACACAGGAGAAAGGCCUUAUGAAUGCAGUGAAUGUGGGAAAACUUUUACCACUAGUUCUGUCCUCCGUUACCACCAGAGAGUUCAUACUGGAGAAAAGCCUUAUGAAUGCAGGCAAUGUGGCAAGUCCUUUCCCCGAAGAACUAACCUGAAUGUACACAUAAAGGUUCACUCAGGUGAAAGGCCUUAUGAGUGUAAUGAAUGUGGGAAAUCUUUUAAGUGUAAGUCCAAACUCAUUGAACACCAGAGAAUUCACACAGGAGAAAAGCCUUAUUUGUGUAGUAAAUGUGGGAAAUCUUUUAGUCGUAGCCACGCCCUCCAGUAUCAUCGACAAAGUCACCUUGGAAUAAGGCCUUAUGAGUGUAAUGAGUGUGGGAAAUCUUUUGCUUGUAGUUCUUCCCUCAGAUCUCACCAAAGAGUUCACACUGGAGCAAGACCUUAUGAGUGCAAUGAAUGUGGGAAAUCUUUUACAGCUAGUUCUGUCCUUCGUGCUCACCAGAGAGUUCAUACUGGAGAAAGACCGUAUGAGUGCAGUGAAUGUGGAAAGUCCUUUCUCCGAAGAAAUAGCCUCAAUGUACACAUAAAGGUUCAUUCGGGUGAAAGGCCUUAUAAGUGUAAUGAAUGUGGGAAAUCUUUUAAGUGGAAGGCAACAUUCAUUCAACACCAGAGACUUCACACAGGAGAAAGGCCUUAUGAGUGCACUGUAUGUGGGAAAUCUUUUAUCAGUCAUCCUGCUCUUAGUUACCACCAAAGAGUUCACACUGGAGAA